AUGCCCAGUCUCUGGGAUGGGGACUAUGCCGAGCUCGGAUGCAGCGAGCGUGUGCUGACGGCAGGCCCUGCCCCGCUGACCCACGUUGAUUCCAUGGAGAUUACGAACGAUCCGCGUUUCUUUCAGGACAACGUGAUCAACUAUCGGCUGGCAGCCUUCGCAGGCCUCGGUGUCGUGGCAGGGCUCAUGGUCCAGAACUCGAUGGACCACCUGUUCGACAUGAGAAAAGACAUGUGUGAAUGGUAUAAGCCCCAUCAACACCUGGACAGCACCUGCCAAUUCAUUGCCUUCCUUCUGCUCGGGCUGGUGCAUUUAUUGAACGUCGUCGCCACAUACGUUGGUGUUGCGCAGCCCUACCACACGGUACGUCUGAUGACCGCCGGCCCGACCGGAUUUGAGUCAGCUGCCUGUUACUACCUCAACAAGAACAUCAUCGCCUGGCGGCACUUUGCCAUCAAAGGCGCCCUCAUCAGCCUGCCGAUGUUUGUGGCCAGCACUGGGCUUCGCAUGGUGGUCAAGUUCGACAGAGAAAAUAUGGCCGAACCGGAUGUGCCAAAGGACCUGCCGGACACGUGCCGUCACCUGGGCUUCGGUGCGUGUUCAAUGUUCAUGUUCAUGGCAUGCUGUGUGUUCUACAUUCAUCGGAAGCACUUCAGCAUUUUCGACGAGCGCUACGCGCAGUUGGAAGCGAACCUUCUGCAACACAAAGACGUCCUGGUUACGAUGUCACAGAGAAACACCGCCAGGUGA